UGAGGACAUGGUUGAUUUGGAGAAGGAAUGGAGCAUCUCCUUUGCAGGAUGCGGGUUCAUGGGGAUCUACUACGUCGGAGCCAGCAGCUGCAUCCUGGAGAGGUUCCCUGGUUUCAUUCAAGGCGCCUCGAAGAUCUACGGAGCGUCUGCAGGCGCUUUGAUGGCCGCUGUGCUCACAGUUGGAGUCCCCCUGGAGCUGUGCAGUGCCGAUUUGAUGACGAUGGCCAAAGAGGGCUGGAGGCACAGACUGGGGCCCCUGCACCCGGCUUUCAACCUGAUGCAGCUGGUGAAGGACUCGCUGCUGCGGAGCCUCCCGGAAGACGCCCACGUCCGGGCCUCCGGGAAGCUCCACGUGUCCCUCACCAGAGUCUCGGACGGGAAGAACGUCCUCGUGUCCGAGUUCGACAGCAGAGAGGAGCUCAUCCAGGUGCUGGUGUGCAGCUGCUUCGUUCCUUUCUACUGCGGCGUGAUCCCGCCGAGGUACCGCGGCGUGCAUUACGUGGACGGCGCCGUGAGCGACAACCUGCCCCGGUGUCACCGGAAGGACACGACCACCUUCUCCCCGUACGCCGGCGAGAGCGACCUCUGCCCCCGGGCCAGCGCCGGGAAUUACCACCAGGUGCGCUUCAGCAACGUCAGCAUCCAGGUGAACUCGGAGAACAUGUCCAGGGUCACCAGCACCUUCUUCCCCCCGCCGCCGCAGUCCUUGUGACUUCACGUCUCAUAGGGUCCAUUGGACCUGGCUGGGUCUGAUGCCAUGGCCCUGCUGAUGCUCCGCCCACUCCUCCUCUCUACCUCCAUCUGCCUGAUGGAUCAUGGAGGUCUGCAUCGUGGUCCAUGCCUUCUAGGAACUAUUUAUACACUCCGUCAUACUCAUUGAAUGUGUUGUAACUCUGUAAUGAUUCCUUCUGGUCACAUGACAUCUAUUGUUCUGUCCAUCCUGGAGAGGGAUCCUCCUCUGUUGAUAAAUGACUAUACUGACUACAUUGGGAUUUGCUGAUUUGCUAUAACUUCACACAUUAAAUAAUAUCUAUGUGUA